GCGCGCGCGCGCGCGCACUGGAGUGCUCGUGCAGGAGGCGGCGGUGACGGCCGGAGAGACGCGCGCAGGCCCCCCCCCCCGAAGCCCCCUCCCCAAAUUCCCCCCCCCCAUUCCCUCCCUCCUCCCUUCCCUUUUCCCCGUGCCCCUCCCGCGUGGCGGCGGCGGCGGCAGCAGAGCCCCCCCGCGCUCCCCUGGGAAGCGCGGCUCCGCGCGCGCGCGCGGGCUGCAGGCUGAAAGUGGCCCAGUCUGAGGGCUAAUCUGUCAAAUAUUUAAUAAUCACUUGCUCAGAAAAUAUCCCGCGUUGUUCAUGGAGUUUUUCAUCAGUAUGUCUGAAACCAUUAAAUAUAAUGACGACGAUCACAAAACCGUGUUCCUGAAAACACUGAAUGAACAACGUUUGGAAGGAGAAUUUUGUGACAUAGCUAUUGUGGUUGAAGAUGUUAAAUUCAGAGCCCAUAGGUGUGUGCUUGCUGCUUGCAGUACCUACUUCAAAAAGCUUUUCAAGAAACUGGAAGUUGAUAGUUCAUCAGUAAUAGAAAUAGAUUUUCUUCGUUCUGAUAUUUUUGAGGAAGUUCUCAAUUACAUGUAUACUGCAAAAAUAUCUGUUAAGAAAGAGGAUGUAAAUUUGAUGAUGUCUUCCGGCCAGAUCCUGGGUAUUCGAUUUCUUGAUAAACUCUGCUCUCAAAAACGUGAUGUUUCUAGUCCUGAAGACAACACACAGUCCAAGAGCAAGUACUGUCUAAAAAUAAACCGUCCUAUGGGAGAACCUAAUGAUACACAAGAUGAUGAGGUGGAAGAAAUUGGAGAUCAUGAUGAUAGUCCAUCAGAUGUGACAGUGGAAGGAACUCCCCCAAGUCAGGAAGAUGGAAAGUCACCAACUACUACCCUGAGAGUGCAAGAGGCAAUUCUGAAAGAGUUGGGAAGUGAAGAAGUUCGAAAAGUAAACUGCUAUGGCCAAGAAGUAGAGCCUAUGGAAACAACUGAAUCUAAAGACUUAGGAUCUCAGACCCCUCAGGCUUUGACAUUUAACGAUGGCAUAAGUGAAGUGAAAGAUGAACAGACACCAGGCUGGACCACAGCAGCUGGGGAUAUGAAGUUUGAGUACUUACUUUAUGGUCACAGGGAACAUAUUGUGUGUCAGGCUUGUGGCAAGACCUUUUCGGAUGAAGCGCGAUUGAGGAAACAUGAAAAGUUACACACUGCUGAUAGGCCGUUUGUUUGUGAAAUGUGUACAAAGGGCUUUACCACACAAGCUCAUUUGAAAGAGCACUUGAAAAUACACACAGGUUACAAGCCUUACAGUUGCGAGGUGUGUGGAAAGUCUUUUAUUCGUGCACCAGAUCUGAAAAAGCAUGAAAGAGUUCACAGUAACGAGAGGCCAUUUGCAUGCCAUAUGUGUGAUAAGGCUUUCAAGCACAAGUCCCAUCUCAAGGACCAUGAAAGAAGACACCGAGGAGAGAAACCUUUUGUCUGCAGUUCCUGCACUAAAGCUUUUGCUAAGGCUUCUGACCUAAAAAGGCAUGAGAACAAUAUGCACAGUGAAAGAAAACAAGUUACUACAGCCAAUUCCAUCCAGAGUGAAACAGAACAGUUACAGGCAGCAGCCAUGGCUGCAGAAGCAGAGCAGCAAUUAGAAACUAUAGCUUGUAGUUAAAAACUAAAGCAGAAACUUUAUCAGAAAUAAUAUAAGAAAUGAACAAAAGCUAUUGUUGAUAUACAUUUAGACUGAGAAGUUUUUCAAGAAAGCAUAUUUUUAGAGGAUUGAAUGUUACAUAGGAAUACAUAGCAUUGCUUGGUUAGGUAUUUUAAAACAUUUCAGAGAUGGAUAUUCUUAGAAUGUGAAGCAGUUUUGUUGUCAUUAGCAGUAUAAUGCACUAAUACCUGCUUUAAUUUGAGAAUGUGAUCAAGUUCUCUAUAAAACAGGGAUCAUUGCUGGCUGAUACUUAUUCCGUUCAGUACGGAAUACUGCAUACAACAUAAACUUUGCAAUCAGUAAGAAUCAGUAAGUUUGAAAACGCUGAAAUCUCAAAAAUCACAAACAUGGAAUGGAAAUACUUAAUUCUGAAGGUGUUACAAUUUUUUGAGAAGCAGACAUUGAUUACCCAAGCUUUUUAAUUCCUCCUUUUUUCACUUAAUCUAGGUAGUUACAAUAGAGUGCAAGGGGGAUGGUGAUCAAAAUGAAAUUGCUUCUUAAUCCAUUCCCCCAGAUACCCUCUAUUUUAAUCAAGGUGGCAAGUUUGAUUAAAUACUUGAUUUCUUGAAAAAACUGCAUUAUUCACAGUGAUUCUGGCUGGCAAAGCAGCAGUGUCAUGGCAUUCACCAACCCCUUCAGUGGGUAAAAAAAUUUGCCUCAUUUGUUUUUAUGUUCACUCUUAUACAGGGCCCUGGAGACGGGACCGGGCCACAAAGGAUAAAGGGUGCAGCACGGAUGAGACAUGCUCCUUACUCAAAUCCAGUAGAAAUCAGUUAAAGCUAAUACAGCCUGAGGCUGUGGUUUUUAUUAUGCAGCUUUCGGUUCACCUAACACACAGUGAAGGCAAAGGAGUGUUUCUUGGAGCACAGGAAGUUUAGCUGCACUGGCAAGUGACCUGUCACUGCCAGACUCCUGGAGCUGCAGAGCACAACCACAGGCUAUCACAUACCUGCCCACAGUGUUCAACUGGGGAUCGUGUCAUGGCUUGUCAUACCAGCUCAUAGGUCCUGUUCAAAUUUAAAAACUUCCACCUUCUGAUUCACCACCUCUCAGCAAGAGAGACACUUCAGUGAGUGGAUUCAGUUGUAAUUGAUCCAGAGUGAGUGUUCGCUACUAGUUGGUUGCUUGGUCUUGCCUAUUUUUUUUUAAGACAAGCUGGCGUACAUGCUGCUAAUUUAAUAGUUAACUCACAGA